AUACUUACCAUCGGUUUGGUAUUUUGACGAGUUGGAGUUUUUACGGGAUCACGAAAUGCAAAUAUCUGGAACAUUGACAAUGGAUGAAGAAAGUAAUGAUCCUCAAGACGUAACAUUGGAAAAUUCGAAAUAUAUGUUUGAAACAAGCACUCUUGAAACUCUUGAAACGACUUCACACGAACCACAAAAAAAGAAGAAAAAAAUGGAAAAUUCUGAAGAAAAGAGGAAGAAUGAUUUGCUAGAAUUAGCAUGCAGCCGCCUACAGCAAUCUACAUCCGAUAACGACGUUUUAGCAAAAUCGUGGGCAAUUGAACUAGGAAAACUUGAACCAAAUCAACAACUGUUUGCUCAAAAAGCAAUUAACGAUAUCCUGUUUGAAGCUCGCUUAAAAACUCUCCAUAGAAACUCAGUAAAAAUUAAUCAUUCUUGUAUAUGCUCGCGCUCUUCAACACCAUCUACAUUUAUUCAACCUGCGCCUGUGUAUAUAUCUUCAAAUUCAAAUUCAUCACUGUCUGGUCAUACAUGGGAGACCCCACACGUUUCAAAUACUGCAGCUUACAAUAGUUUCAGUGAACUUUUUAACGACACUCAGUAUACAAAUUAA